AGAUAUACAUGUCUUUCCAGGUAAAGGGGACCGUGGUAGGAACUGUUUGUUUACAUCGAGUUGCUAUGCUCCCCACAAGGAAGUUUAUAGGAACGACCCGCUGCUAUGGACGGUGACAUGGAUUUAUAUCACACGUAGUAGUGUUACAGUUUGCUUCAUCACUGCAGGUAAAGAAAAAUUGAAUGAAUCAUAAUGCCACCGAAGACCAAAAAUAAAAACACAAGGAAAUCAGCAGAUCUGAAGAAACAAGAUGGAGCAUCAACUGGAAGCAAGGAUGCCACCGAAGAUUACAUGGACUCGAUCUAUCGCACAUCUCUACAAAAUGCAGAGAAAGAAAUUGAAGACCUAAAGGCAGAGAUAGUUCGGCUCAAAUCGGAACCCAAAUUAACUGGAAAUGUCAAAGCAAAUAAUUCCACAACCUCCCAGCAAAAAGGUGACGUUAAUCCAGUUGAUAGCGAAAACGAACAUUCUACAUUGGUGUCCAAUUUACAAAGAUAUAUAAAAGAACUAAAACAGUCCGAAGAAGCCAGAAAGGAACUUCAAAACAAAGUGGGAGGACUCGAAGAAAGGAACUCAAAUCUCACAAAAGAAAGGGAGAAGCAGAAUGAAGAAUUAAAACAAUUACGAAAAGAAAAUAAGGAUGUAAAAGAAAACGCAGCCAUGAAGAAGCUGGAGGAACGCGUGGAAAAACCACAAGAUGAAAAUAAAGAUCUAAAAGCAGAAAAUACAGAUAUUAAGAGAUCAGAUGAACAGCAAAUGGAAAGGGAGAGACUGGGCGCAAAAGAUAGCAAGAGACAGGAAGAGGCAAUAGAAAAACUCCAAAACGAAAAUGCACGGUUAAUACGGGACAUUGAGCAGAAAAAACAAGAAGUUGAACAACUGCAGAAACAACAAACAGGGAGUAAGAGAUCAAAUGAACAACAAAUAGAGAGGGAGAGAUUGAGCGCAAAAGAUAGGAAGAGACAGGAAGAGGAAAUAGAAAAACUCCAAAACGAAAAUGCACGGUUACUACGGGACAUUGAGCAGAAAAAACAAGAAGUUGAACAACUGCAGAAACAACAAACAGGGAGUAAGAGAUCAGAUGAACAACAAAUGGAGAGGGAGAGAUUGAGCGCAAAAGAUAGGAAGAGACAGGAAGAGGAAAUAGAAAAACUCCAAAACGAAAAUGCAGGGUUACUACGGGACAUUGAGCAGAAAAAACAAGAAGUUGAACAACUGCAGAAACAACAAACAGGGAGUUCAAGUAAGAAGAAAGAAGACAAAAAAAGAGGAAACUCGUCUUCGGCAGAAACCAUUUCAAAGCUUCAAAGCGAAGUUGACGGUUUGCGAAACAGACUGAGUAAAAUAGCUGGAGCACAGCUUGUCGACAACAACCCCGCGAUUGCAGACCUGAGCGAUCCUAAUCGUCCUUUGAGUCUGGGAGAAAAGUUUUCCGAGUUAUAUGACAACGAAUGGACGGACGCGAUGGAGGAAAUAUCCGACGUCCUGUCAAACGAGAGAGAUGUGAUUCAGAAACUCCUUGGAAUUGUUUUCGAUGCUUACGAGUUUUGCCUCAAACGAUCCAAUCAAUUCAUGGACAAGAUUAACAACAUCCUAAGUGACUUUUCCUUUGAGUUGGUUUCCGAGAAAAUGCCAAAGGAAAUCGCCAAAACCAACAAGGAUUUCCGAAAAAGUUUGUCAGUGCAUGUUGUUAGCUAUCUACAGCAGGAGUUCACAAAUGCACAGACAGAAUCGCAUACAGGAGAGAAGACCACGGCUUACAUGAAGAAGUGCGUGCUAGUAUGCUGGUUCAUGACCGUACAGGACCCAAAGGUCGUCAUAAAAACGGAGGCACCAGAAAUAUUCGACGAAGAUCGGUACAGACCUUACACAAAGAAAGGGAAACGCUUGGACUACCUGGUUUGGCCCGUCCUCCAUCUUCACGAAGGAGGGCCGCUGAUAAGCAAGGGCGUGGCUCAGGGAAAACUAUGAUCCAAUACCUGAUCGGCAUGUGAGCUAUCAGCACGUUGCAACGGAAUAUGUAGCAUUUUCAAGUUGAAUUUAUUUUUAAUGUAUAUAUCAUGUUUUUAUAUCUCAUAUAAAAAAUUAAUUAAUGAAUAACACAAAACUAACUAACUUGGUUUUAUUACUGCUGUUUUAAAGAAUAAGGGAAUACUUGUAGAACUGGACACCUUGGAUUAGUCUUCUGACGGAAAUUCAUUUCCAUUUUACUCUAUGAAUGAUAAUCCUUUUGUGAAACUGAUACAAUCCAUGAACAUAUGUCAUUGAUGUGUAGUCAAAACCAUUGCUUUACAGAUACGUUGCUAAACGAUUCGUUUUGUAUUAAAUGUAUCGUGAGUCUAUGCAAUUCCUUGAAUUGACAUUGACUGUCUUGGUCAUUGAUAUACUUUGUCUUGGUCAUUGACAUACUUUUAUUACUUAUAAAUAUCCACAUUUACAUUUUCUUUAAAGUUUACAGAUAAUUCACUCGUGUACAAAAUAUGAUGAUGCCAAUCAUCCCAAUGGAACACGUUUUGUUAAAUGAUGUGAAUAAAUCAGUUAUUAAACUGCU